UCUAGUUGGUGGAGAGCAAAACACGACGGGCUGAGGAUAUGGGUGAAGAGGAACAGGAGCUGGACCUCGAGGAAGACCAGACCAAAGCCAAUGUCGUGGACCUCAUUGAUCAUAAUUAUUAUUUCAGAGAAGGUGGCUAUGGUCUACCUGACUGGGAGUGCUAUGCGGUAUACAUAUCCCUAAUCAUGCUGGGUAUCAAGGAACCUGUGGCAAAUGUCAGGUUCUUCGGCAAAAUUUUUGGCACUAAAGACAAUUAUUACGUCGCUGAGACUGAUCUCACCGAGGAGGAGCUUGAUCGGAGAGUCAGGGAAUUUGAUAUGAAAGAAAUGCCGGGAGAGGGAGCCGAGGGAGAAGACAAGCCUACGGGACCUGAGGAAGCUGCAGAUGAAAUGGUAGGCGAAGGCCGUGAAGAGAAGCCCAAGGUGUUGGUGCCUCCAAAACUGCCUCCCCUGCCGGAGGUAACGUGGCAGCCGCCGCUGCCCAUUCCCGUUGAGAGGCCUGGACAGGGGGUUAACAGAAAGGUAUUCUGGGUUUGUAAUAAACCCGGUGAGCCUUGGAUCUGCCUACCAGACCUGACGCCCGAUCAGAUUAAGGUCGCUAGGCUAACAGUGCAUGCCAUGACAGGAGACUUGGAUGCCGAGAUCAGGCUUUUCCCACCAUUCGAGGGUCUGGAGCGGAACUACCUGAGAGCGCAAAUUGGCCGCAUUGCCGCAGCCACGGCCAUCUCACCGCAAGGGUUUUACACCUUUGGUUCUGGCGAAGAGGAGGACAUUGAUUUGGAGGAGGGAAUGGGUGACAUGGCAUUUAAUCCAAAUCCGUAUUACCAAGGGCAUACGAUCAAAGACUUAUUGGACCCCAACUUGUCUUACUGGGUACACCACGGCCGGUACAUCCUCAAGCAAGGUCGCACUCUCUGGUGGAACCCUAAUGCGGGCAUG